AAGUCUGGCACGAGCAGCAUACUGAACGUUAUUAUCAACUAGAGAGGGAAACAAGUUAUGUUAUCUCCCUAUUCCACAUUCGGAGCGAAAGGAGCAUCUUGUUAAGAGACCACUGAGUGAUCAUCUCGUUUUAAAUACCAUCGUUACAAACAUGGAGAAGGACUCCAGUUCUCGGUUGGCUAAAUGUGGAAGCUUUUCCAUUGCUGACAUUCUAAACGUCAAAAGCCCGAGCGCAUCGACUAAUGAUCUCUCAUCUGAAGAGUCUUUGUCCAGAGAAGACCCUAGGACACCAACAAAAUUCAACAAGGAGCUUUCAAAGCCAACGAAGAAAUCAGACGACAAAGUGCUCUCCCUUGAAGGUAAGGGCCAACUGAACCAAGAGGAACAACUACUUCAGAUCAAGAAUUUUGAGGAUACGAUACAACAUGAAGAUAAAUAAUUAUGUAUUUCAUCCUUUGUUGAUUUAUAAACAUUGAACCUUUUAUAGGAACCUUCACGCUUUUGAAUCUUCAUGGACCCAUGACGUUUGAUAAUCAUCCUUUAUUAAGAGGUCUCCAUUCACUUCGUCUUCUUCAUUAUAACCGAAAAAUUCAUAGCGGUGUUACUGCGCUUUCCACUUAAGUCAGUAUUCUACUUCAAAUUUCCGAACCAUUAUCUAUGGCUACCAAAAUAAAGCGGUGGGAAACUUAUUUCUUUUAAAAAGAACAGUUUUGUUGCGCACAGCACGCAGAGAGACGCUAUCCGUAGAAUGACACCACGUGUAGUUUCCUAACGGUGUCAAAUAGGAUGAAUCAAGUCAUGGUUCCCUCCCGAGCGAAACAUAAAAGCAACUUUGAACCCUUUAAAGAAUGUUUACUUGAAGUUAAUCGCAAAUGAAUGAGCUGUUAUCUUGUUUAUUCCAAAUAUUAUGUUAACCGGAGAACCGUAUAUUAAUUGAGUCUAACAGAGGACUCACUGAAUCUAAACAGUAGUCUCUAGCAAGAAUUUCCAACAACCCUUUUUCUAAAAAACUUGUCGAUUCAAAUAUAGAGAAGUAAUGAAUAUAAUAGACAGGUUUGAGUGGGCAUACUAGGGGGUUUACAUUCAAAUUUCCAUUUAGUAAGAAAGGGAGUUGGCAGGAAGCUUUUAAUUAUUGUGAAGAACCUAACUGCAAGUUUACAGAUACUUAUGCUUUUUAUUUCAUAUUAUCUUCGAAGGCGCACGUCAAAACCAAGGGCAACCUAGUGUAGAAACAAAGAAGAGGCCACGCACUGCCUUCACCACUGAUCAGAUAAAAGUCCUUGAGAGCGAGUUCCAGAAAGGCAAGUACCUCAGCGUUGCGCGCAGAAUGGAGCUUUCAAAGCUGUUGGAACUCUCAGAAACACAGAUCAAAAUAUGGUUUCAAAAUCGCCGUACUAAAUGGAAGCGGAAGCUUGCCGCUGAGAUGGAUUACGCCAUUGCUGCCCAGGGAUACCUGUACCCUUCACACCCGGCGUGCCACGGGCCGAAAUGCCACUUUGAAAGUAGUUUAACGCAUUCCAGCCGCAUGCAGCCAUCAUUCCUUUCAGUUUUCCAUCCACCUAUAUUCACGAAUUCAUUGAAACAGUCAACAAGGGGCUAUCCGCUUUCAAAUUUCAGCUCAGCCUCACUUUAG